AUGUCAGAAGCUGCAGAGGAAGAUUUUGAAGAAUAUCCACGUGCUCAAUCCAUUGCAUAUACGAAAACCGAACUACCUCCAUGUGCUCUAAGGUACCACCCACUUGACUCCUCUUUGAUUUUAUUGGGUACUUAUAAACUGCAAGAUGAUCGAUCCAGAACAGGUACCAUUGAGCUCUAUCAUGUGGAUGCCGACAAUAAAUUCAAACAUUUAAAAUCAUUUAACACUGAUGGUGCCGUUCUAGACUUGAAGUUCUGUCCGUUUGACGAUUCAAUUGUGUAUACUGCACAUUCAACCGGUGAUUUACAGAUAUGGAGGUUUGACCUCGAGUCCAGACACAUGGAAAGGCUUCACAAGGAGCAGAUAUUGGAAGAAGAAGAAGACGUUUUGAUAACAUCUGUUAUCACAUCUUUUAUCAAGAGAGGCCAGCUGCUAUUGACCGCGACUGAUGGCUCAGUUGCAGUUGUUCAAGCCAGCUCUAACGGUUGUUCAACUCCACAGUUUUUCUCAUCUUCACAUGAAUUGCAGGCAUGGACUGGUGCCUUUGGUCACAUGGCUGAGCUCUCCAACGUGAUAUUCACUGGAGGAGAUGAUGGUUUCCUCAAGGCACAUGAUCUUAGAGAACCUUCAAGCACGGCAAUUUUCGAAACUAGACGGCUUCACGACGCUGGAGUCACUGCCAUUCAAACCUCCCAGCCUGGGAACCAUCACGGCAAAGGAUCAUGGCUAGAGCACAAGCCAUAUUCUUUAUGGACAGGUUCCUAUGACGAUAAUGUGCGCCUAUUGGAUCUCAGGGUUACACCUGAUGUUGGACUGCUGCAGGGGAUCCCCCCUCGUAUACGAGACAAGAUGGACCUGGGUGGUGGUGUUUGGAGAUUUGCUCCUAGUCCCACCCCAGGCGAUAAUAGGCUACUGACAUGUUGCAUGUAUGAUGGCGCGCGUAUCUUGUGCUCUAAGGAGGAUGAAAGCAAGCAAGUACAGGUGCUUCGGUAUUACAAGGGGUCACACGAAUCCAUGGUUUACGGGUGUGACUGGAGUCCUCAAGGCGAUAAGGUCGCUACGUGCAGUUUCUACGAUGGUGUUGUACACAUCUGGUCGCCAGACCAGAGAGAUGAACAGACGUCCAGCGACAGCGAUUGA